AUGUCUCCCUCGGCGGCGCCUCCACCAUCCCCUCAGGAAGUGCAGAGGAAACUCUCUGUCCACUCCAAGCCCAAGAAACAACAGGUCACUCCUCCGCCAACGACCCCAGUGUUAUCGCAAUCACACGUUUCCGGAACAGAGUCAGAUUCCGAUUCAGUUUUGUCCCCGGAACUAGCUUCUCCGACCUCACACACCUUGGCUUCCAGUGGGGCUUUCCUGUCUGGGAGCUGCUCCCAGCAGCCACCCCUUUCGUCUAUCGCGGAACGUCGGUCUGCAAGUGGCGGUGAAGAAUCGGAAGAGGACGACGAGUAUGAGGAAGGAUGGCGGUCCGCGGAUAGGUCCGGAGCGGUUUUGGACCCCAUGGACGAGAGCGCCAUCAAAUCAGGGUAUCUCUGGAAGAAAGGCGAAAGGCGCAAGAACUGGAAGAAACGGUGGUUUGUUCUGCGCCCCGCCCAUCUUGCUUACUACAAGACAUCAGCGGAGUAUAAGCCGCUCCGUCUGCUUGAUCUCUCUGACGUGCAUUCGUGCACUCCAGUGAUGCUGAAGAAGCACACGUACACAUUUGGCGUCGUCUCAGCUGUUAGGACAUUCUAUCUUCAGGCACAGAGUCCCGAAGAAGUGCAGGACUGGGUGAAGGCCAUUCAGGAUGCUCGGGACGCUCUCAUGAUGACUGCGACUCAAACGUCACCUGCUACUCCCCCUAUCCCGAUACCCCGUGGUCAGCAGGUAUCGGAGCGACAGGUCAUAGUGACACCAUCCCCACCGCGCGCUGCGUACGCACAGAAUGUGACGUCGUCGGACUCGGAGGAUGGCUCGCCUUAUGCCCAGCGGAUAUUGUCAACAUCACCUCAGCAUGUUACCAUUACCGCGGAGAACCCUUCAUGCUCGCCAAAUCGAGGGCAAGGAUCCAAGGACGGGGGUUCUAAGGUUGUCUUAUCCGGCUACUUGAUGAAGUGUGGAUCGAAGCGACAUAAUUGGCGCAAACGAUGGUUUACGCUUUCUAGCGACAAGUUGGUCUAUUCGGGAAGUCACAUGGAUACGAAGCCACAUCGACAUUUUUCGGUUUCUGAGAUCUUGGACGCACUCGAAUUUGAUAUGCGGUCACACAAACACGGCGCUGGGGUGUCCCCGCCGGUAAAUUUACCCGGGCCGUCGGCUUCGAGCGCUGAUAAACAGGCUUCGGUGGAGGGGCCACAUAUGUUCAAGAUUGUGACGACGAAGCGGACGCUGCUUCUGUGCGCGCCAAGCGAGGAAGAAGAAAUCAAAUGGCUGAGUGCAAUUCGGGCCCUAAUUGCGCGGCGAACGGGUGCGGGAGUUGUGCCAGGGAGCGGCGGGGGAGAGAAGGGGGAGGGAGGGCUGAGACACAAGGUGAAAAACCUGAGUAUCAGCGGACCCAGUGGAGGAGGUACCUCGGCGACGGAGGACAGUUUCGUAUUGUUCGGGCGCGGAGGAUUGGGUCAACCCCCCCGCGGAAGCUUUUCCCAGGCCAUCAUAGUCGGGGACCAACUGGAAGACCGGGCCCUAGAUUGGAUCUCCGAUUGCUACUCCGAGUCCAGCGGCCAGAUGAUUAGGCAGAACGUGCAUUGGCUGUGA